GGGGAUAAACUGGUAGCCAGUGGUGCUAUGUGGCAGAACUCCCAGCAAGCAGCAGCAGCAACAUGGGAAAGAAAUCUCUGUGUCUCCUGAUUUCCUGUGUCCUGGCCUACUAUCUGUAUACUCCUCUCCCAGAUAAUAUCGAACAAUCAUGGAGACUGAUGCUGACCUGCGCUGUCUUUAGGAUCGAAAUGCAACUAGCAUCACUUUUAGAAAUGCUGGGAUUUAGGCCUUUUAUAUUCUUGGAUGUCCUUGAAGUACCACCAACCUCGGAUGAAAACGUCACCGUGGCAGAUACCCUGUUCAACAAUGUUCCAGUCCGCGUCUUUGUGCCAAAGCAGAAGUCAUCCACGCUGAGGAGGGCUGUGUUUUAUAUUCAUGGUGGUGGCUGGGCUAUAGGAAGUGCUGCUUGGGCUCCUUAUGAUGAAUUGGGAAGACAAAUGGUGCAGAAGCUUGAUGCUGUGGUCGUAUCAACUAACUACAGAUUGUCACCCCAGUAUCACUUCCCAACUCAGUUUGAAGAUGUAUAUGAUGCUCUGAGGUGGUUCUUGAGGAAGAAAGUCCUUGCUGAGUAUGGUGUGGAUCCCACCCGCAUCUGUAUUGCAGGAGACAGUGCUGGGGGGAAUUUAGCUGCAGCUGUGAACCAGAAGCUCCUCGAUGACCCAGAAGUCAAGAUCAAAGUCAAGAUUCAGUCUUUAGUUUAUCCUGCUCUGCAGGCCCUUGAUAUGGAUUUACCAUCAUAUAGAGAAAAUGGCCAUCUGCCAUUCCUGCCUAAGUAUCUAAUGGUUAUGUUCUGGAGCCUGUAUUUCACCUCAGACAAGGCAUUAGCGGAGGCCAUGCUUACCAACCAACAUACCUCUGUGGAUUCCAGCCAUCUCUUCAAGUUUGUUAACUGGAGUACCCUGCUGCCUGAGAGGUUCAAAAAAGGACAUGUGUAUACCAACCCAAUUCAUGAACACUCUGACCUCACAAAAAAAUUCUUGGGGUUUCUAGAUGUCAGAGCAUCCCCCCUGUUAGCUGAAGAUUCUAAGUUAAAGGGUUUACCUUUGACCCAUAUUCUCACCUGUCAGUAUGAUGUCUUAAGAGAUGAUGGGCUCAUGUACCUCUCCCGCCUUAAGGCUGCAGGGGUCCAGGUUGCUCAUGAACAUGUGGAAGAUGGGUUCCAUGGGAUCCUGUCAUUUGGCAGCCCAGUAAUAGAUCUGAAAGUGGGCCAUAGGAUAGUGAACAAGUAUCUGAAGUGGCUAAAGGAGAAUCUCUAGUUCAGCUCCUCCAUUCAACCAAGAGCCAGUUCCUCCUCUGCCAUUCAUAUUAUUGACUGCUUGCUGUGGUGGGUCAGAUUGGACUGGAGGUGUAUAAGUAGGACUAAGACAUUGUUCAGACUGCCCUGGAGAUAAGAUUUGUGCUCAAAUAGCUGUGGUACAAAAUGAAGUGAAGGAAAGAAACCACACGCACUGACAUAUUAUGAAGUCAAAAGCCUUAAGUCCUUAAGAGAAGGUAAAAUGGUAAGAAGGUAAAGUGAGAUGGGGAUCCAGAGAAUGCUCAAUGAAGCUCCUCUCUCUUCUCUGAGCACCCAACCUACACCCCCACUGCCUACUGCUAAUGCCAACCUGGAUGUCUAAAGAAGAAAAUUUAAAAGGAUCUUGCCAAGCUUAAAACUACAUAAUUAUCAGUAGAUGUUGUUGUAGUUUUGGGUUUUACUGUUACCAAUUAUUUACUAUUAUCAUCCAAUGCAAAAAUAACUGGUCCCAAACAGCAAUCCUUGUCCUUUCCUCUAUAAGCUUGCCUGACUUUUCAUCUUCUCUAUUUGUUUGUUCAAAAGUCAGGUUUGGUUCUUCCUUCUCUUUUCUUCUCUCACUCCCCACCACCAUCCAGUUACCCAGUUCUACUGAUUCUACCUCAUCUCUUCCAUUUAACCCUUCUUCCUUUUAUUCACCACCACCAUUGAGUCAGUCCUUCACUGACUUCCAUCUGAACUAUUGUCAUAGUGUCCCCUCUACUUUCUCUGCCUCCAAUCCCUCCUCUCUCCAACCUCUUUUUUAUGUAGUUGCUGCUAAGCUUAUUUCUUAAGGAACAGAUAAUGGUAUCACACUCUUUAAAAAGAUUAAAAUUUUCCUGUUAAGAAGAGGAGAUAAUUUUUACCCCACCCCACUGCAAAAGUAUAAAGAUUUUUCCAAACAGAUGUGCAUGAAUUGAGCCUCAGGACUAUAAAAUAGAGAACUGGGCUAAUCAAAUUUUCAACAUUGCCCUUUGGUUAUAUUUGGACUUUGAUUCUCUUUCCUUUUUGAUCACUCCUCUUUCUGCUUUGCUAAUUCUUCAUCUAUUUUGCUGCCUUCAAAUCAGGGUUGGGCUAGUAAAUGUUUAAUAACCAGGUCUCUGAAAAUACAGUUGGAGUACUUUAAGUUUUAUCUAUAUCUCGACCUUCUUGACGUUCUUAUGUUUGGAUUAUCAACAAAACCAGAAAUUAUGUCUUGAUUUAUUGUGUUUUCCAAUUUCUGAGAUGCAAAUGUUCAUACCAAAAAUUGAACAAUUGUCCCAGAUUUGAAGUCGUUCCAGCACAUCUCUUCCUCCAAUCAUGGUUGAGCUUCCAAACUUUGCCCUCCCAUCCUGAUGUCACUAUUACAUGCAUAGCUCUCAAAUUGUUAUCUCUCACUUGACUACUAAACACACAUGAAUACUCUUCAAUCCAUGUCUAUAGUAACAAACUAAAGAAAGAUCAGAGAGCACCAAACUGGAAUGACUAGAGAUGAGAAGUUAUAGCAUAUAACUUAAGUCCAGCAAAACCUCUUCAGUCAAGUUUGUUGGCACUAAGCUAUGAAAAACCCAUAAAAGUAAGAUGUGACUCAUUGUUAAUUUCUUGGAGAGAUUUGCUUCCUUGUUCAUAAAAAGGGAGAUAAUAAAAAUCUGUUGUAUUUAUGUCA